AUGGAGGGCGUCAAUGGAUCAAGGUGGGUGCCCUGGAAAACAUGUGGUUGCAUAGGAGGUUGCUCUACACGGUGGUGGAGGAGGUCAGGAGAGGCUGCUCUAAACGGUGGUGGAGGAGGUCAAGAAGAGGAGUACGUCGACAGUGGAGCACGUCGAGAGGCGGUUCAGACAAAGAAGGAUGACCAGGGAGGAGCUCAAGAAUGGCGUCAAGGCCUGGAAAGGACAAUGAAGCUUGGGAAUGACAACGCAGGAGUUCAGACUGGAGCGGCAAACCUACAAGGAGCGAUGGGAGGAAGACAGAGGUGGAUGCAUGUGUCAUCGCCGUCGCGUGUUGUUGGAUAUGCUCCAAGUCAGUCGGGAAGGAGAUCAUACAUGCAGGAUCAGCUUGUGGAGAAGGAGAUCACAUAUUCUAACGAGGCGUUUGGUUUGGCGCAGUCUGUCGAAGACCUCCGGGUGUUCGUGGACCAUGUGCUGAUCCUGCGUGAGCGCACCGACCUAGACACUGUUGAGAUGAUAUUCGAUGAAUGCUCGGACGAUGACGAGGUCUAUGUGAAACUAUGGACCCGUUUUGCUGUCAUGUCCAAAGUCCGUGCGCUCACCCUUCAUAUCCAAGCCCCUCCAUAUCUGUGGUUCGACGUCCUGCCUCUUGUCUCUCGGCAUCUGAGAACAUUAGAUCUGGAAGGUCUAUGCGUACAACUGAGCUUUCUUGAUUUUGCUGGCUGCCCAGCACUGGAGGAUCUGAAGAUGAACCUUUGUGACAUUUCUGUUGAGAAGAUAUUGUCUCGUUCCCUGAAGCAUUUGAGCAUUACUAAGUGCUGCUUCGAUUGCCAGCUCCAUGUUUCUACUCCAGGCCUUGUCUCUCUGAAAUUAGAUGACCUUACCGGCACAACUCCUUUUCUUGAAAACAUGGCGUUGUUAGAGACAGCAUAUGUUUAUCUUGGCGAUUCCUGUGAAGAUUUUUUGAAUUAUGACUCUGGUGUUUACUGUGGACCUAGUAAUAUUACAUGUGAGAAGUGUGAUCUUUUUAAUGAAAAUUGUGGAAGCGUUCUUGUGCUUCUAGGUGGUAUCUCUAGUGCUAAACAUCUGAAGUUGAUAUCUGAAUUUGGAAAGUUCAUUUUCUCAAGAGAUUUGAAAUACCGCCCUACGUUUAGUAAGUUAAAGACAUUAUUACUCAAUGAGUAUUGGUGCGAGGCUCCUGGCUUGGAUCCACUAGUUUGCAUUCUGAAAAACUCACCAGUUCUAGAGAAGCUCACUCUUCAACUUUUUUCCAAGGGACCAAAUCAUAAAGUGGAAAUGAAAGGAAGCUUCAGUUCAAUGGAAAGAUCGUCUGCAAUACCAGAACACCUUAACAUAGUUGAAGUCAAGUGUACUGUGGUGGACGAGAGGAUUCUCAAAGUUUUGAAGUUCCUGUGUGCAUUUGACAUACAAACACGUACCACACCAUGUGGACUUGUUGUUGGUUCUGAUCUUGUGGGUACUGGCACAAAUGUUAGAAUUGAUUGGUUAGGAGUAGUGAUACAACAUUUGCACAUCUUGCUUAGCUCUGGACAGCAACUCAAAUCGGACUCUUACACUACUGUUUCCAUUUCUGUACAGGAUUCAGCUUCUAGUAAGGGCGAGAAGAUCUGGGUCGUUGGUCAUCUAUGGACUAUUCAGAAAUGCAAGGCUUAA